GGCGGUUGGAUGCUAGUAAGUUAAGCUCCCCGUUAAGAUUAGUGUAAUGUACAUAUAGUGCCCCUUACUAAAAAAAGUAGUUGAAAGUUGUCUAACUACUUGUCAGGAGGAUCAAACAGAACAUUCUGAAGAAGGUUUGCAAGGAUUGUGACUAACAAUGACAGACUCCAAGUACUUUACAACUACAAAGAAGGGUGAAAUAUUCGAGCUGAAGUCAGAACUUAACAAUGACAAGAAAGAGAAGAAAAGGGAAGCUGUAAAGAAGGUGAUUGCGUCCAUGACCGUUGGCAAAGAUGUGUCAGCUUUAUUCCCAGACGUGGUCAAUUGUAUGCAGACAGACAAUUUAGAGUUGAAGAAGCUGGUAUACUUGUACCUAAUGAAUUAUGCAAAGAGCCAACCAGACAUGGCCAUCAUGGCGGUAAACACCUUUGUGAAGGACUGUGAAGAUCCAAAUCCUUUGAUUCGAGCUCUGGCAGUUCGUACAAUGGGUUGCAUUCGUGUUGACAAGAUCACAGAAUAUCUUUGUGAGCCACUGAGAAAAUGCCUCAAAGAUGAAGAUCCGUAUGUACGAAAAACGGCAGCAGUGUGUGUGGCAAAGUUAUAUGAUAUAAAUGCUCAGUUGGUGGAAGAUCAGGGCUUUCUAGAUCAGCUAAAAGACCUGCUGUCAGAUUCAAACCCAAUGGUGGUCGCUAAUGCUGUGGCUGCAUUGUCUGAAAUAAAUGAGGCUAGCACAAGUGGAUCACCCCUCGUUGAAAUGAAUUCCCAGACAAUCAACAAACUGCUGACAGCUCUGAAUGAAUGUACAGAAUGGGGCCAGAUAUUCAUAUUAGAUUCAUUAGCAAACUACAGUCCUAAGGAUGACAGAGAGGCACAAAGCAUUUGUGAAAGAAUCACUCCUCGCCUGGCACAUGCCAAUGCUGCGGUGGUACUGUCUGCUGUAAAAGUGUUAAUGAAACUGAUGGAGAUGCUGCCUGCGGACUCUGACUUUGUAACAACUUUAACUAAGAAGCUAGCUCCACCCCUUGUUACUCUCUUAUCUUCAGAACCUGAGGUACAGUAUGUGGCCCUUCGCAACAUCAAUCUUAUUGUUCAGAAGCGACCAGACAUCCUUAAACAUGAGAUGAAGGUGUUCUUUGUCAAAUACAAUGAUCCCAUAUAUGUAAAACUUGAAAAGCUGGACAUCAUGAUUCGUCUUGCAUCUCAAGCUAACAUUGCACAAGUCCUUUCGGAACUUAAAGAGUAUGCUACAGAAGUAGAUGUGGACUUUGUACGCAAAGCUGUACGAGCCAUUGGUAGAUGUGCUAUUAAAGUUGAACAGUCAGCAGAACGAUGUGUGUCCACACUUCUAGAUCUCAUUCAAACAAAGGUAAACUAUGUUGUACAAGAAGCUAUUGUGGUGAUCAAGGACAUAUUCCGCAAAUAUCCCAACAAGUAUGAGAGCAUAAUCUCUACACUUUGUGAGAAUCUGGAUACUCUUGAUGAACCUGAGGCCAGGGCAUCAAUGAUAUGGAUUAUUGGAGAAUAUGCGGAACGAAUUGAUAAUGCUGAUGAACUCUUGGAGAGCUUCUUAGAAGGUUUCCAUGAUGAAAACACACAAGUUCAGCUCCAGCUGCUUACAGCCAUUGUCAAAUUAUUUCUGAAGAGACCAACAGAUACACAGGAGUUGGUUCAGCAAGUGCUCAGUUUGGCAACUCAGGACUCUGACAACCCAGACUUGCGUGACCGAGGCUUCAUUUAUUGGCGCCUUCUUUCCACUGAUCCAGCAGCUGCUAAGGAAGUUGUUCUGGCAGAGAAACCUUUGAUCUCUGAGGAGACAGAUCUUUUGGAACCGACGCUACUUGAUGAGCUCAUAUGUCAUAUAUCUAGUCUUGCUUCUGUGUAUCAUAAACCACCCAAUGCUUUUGUGGAAGGAAGAGGUGCAGGGGUGCGAAAAAUGUUGCCAGCCAGAGCUGGUUCUCAAGAGACAGUACUGGAGACUGCCACUGGGGUGAGUGACCAGCCAGCAGUAAUCCCUGCUCAAGAUUCCCUUAUUGGUGAUCUACUCAGCAUGGACAUAAGUGCUCCGACUGUUCCAGUUCCAGCCGCAACUAGUGUAUUUUCGCCACCUCCCGUUGACCUUCUGGGUGGAGGUCUCGACAGUUUGCUUGGUGGAGAUGUUGCUGCAUCAGGAGCUGGUGGGGCAGCCCCUGUGUCUCAGUCAACUACAGGACUUCUUGGAGACAUCUUUGGAUUCUCAGCUACUCCUACAUCAUACUCACCUCCCAAGUCUAAUUGGCUACCUGCUGAAAAAGGCAAAGGACUAGACGUAUGGGGAACAUUCUCGCGAAGAAGUGGUCAGAUUCAGAUGGACUUCACAUUCACCAACAAGGCCAUGCAGGCAAUGGCUGGGUUUGCUAUUCAGCUGAAUAAGAACAGUUUUGGCCUGACACCUAACUCCGCCUUGCAGGUGAUGACGCCACUGCUUCCUAGCAUGUCACAUGAAUGUUCAUUGCCAUUGGCAACCACAGGUGCCAUCCAACGUAUGGAGCCUCUUAACAACCUCCAGGUAGCUAUCAAGAACAACAUUGAUGUAUUCUACUUUGCUUGCCAAGUCCCAAUGAAUGUUUUCUUUACUGAAGAUGGGCAGAUGGACAAACGAGUUUUUCUAGCUACUUGGAAGGAUAUUCCUGCACAAAAUGAAGUUCAGUACACAUUGGCUAAUAUUCAAUGCAGUGCAGAUGCUGUAGUGCAGAAGAUGCAACAGAAUAAUGUAUUCACAAUCGCAAAACGUAAUGUAGAGGGCCAGGAUAUGCUGUACCAGUCUCUGAAGCUAACAAAUGGAAUCUGGGUUCUAAACGAACUAAAAAUUCAGCCUGGCAAUCCAAAUAUUACGCUGUCUUUGAAGUCCAGAGCCCUGGAUGUGGCACCAGGUGUUUUCCAGUCAUACGAUGCAAUUCUUCAUGUUUAGAAAGUUCUAGAUCUGUUAAAUAAUAGAAGUUUGAAAAACAUAAAGUACAUUCCCAUGUGUAAAAUAUUAAAUUGUAAUAGUAUUAUUUUGUAUGGACUUUCCCCUGCAAGUUAUGAGUGUAAAAUACUAAUUCAAGUGUAUAAAAGAAAUAUGUUGAAUAUUUGCAUAGCAGUUUGUACCACGUGCCAUUUUAUUUUCAUCAGAAUAUUUUGAAGCAGUACUGUAAUUUUCACUUUUAAUGUGAUGUGUCCAAUAUUUUACUGAAAUACUGCAUAUAUAUAUAUAUAUAUAUAUAUAUAUAUAUAUAUAUAUAUAGUUACAGAGCAACAUUUAUGUGUAUUGAUUGUGCUCAGGAGUGGUUUAUCAUAAUGUAUGAUCAGUUGUUCCAAUCUUGUAUCUGGGUAACAAUGCAGUAUCAGAUAUAUAUAUUGGUUUACUAGA